CUUCAUGAGUGGCGGACGGCAUGCCCGCUCUGUAGCCGCGGGCCCUCGCUGGCGUGCCGCAUGUUCAGGACCAAACGCUCGGCGCUCGUCCGGCGGCUCUGGCGGAGCCGCGCGCCCGGCGGCGAGGAGGAGGCGGCGGCGGGCGAGCCCGGCGGCGGCGGCGGAGCGGCGGCGGCGGCGGCCGCGCGCGGCUGCUGCGCGGGCAGAGCGGGCGGCGGGCGGGCGGCGGGCGGCGAGGCGGAGCUCAAGGCGCUGACCCACGCGGUGCUCAAGCGGCUCAAGGAGCGGCAGCUCGAGGGGCUGCUGCGCGCCGUGGAGUCGCGCGGAGCGGCGCGCACGCCCUGCCUGCUGCUGCCGGCCAAGGCGGCCGAUGCGCGCCUCGGCCCGCACUGGUACCCGCUGCCGCUGCUGCUGUGCAAGGUGUUCCGCUGGCCCGACCUGCGCCACUGCUCCGAGGUCAAGCGCCUCUGCGGCUGCGAGUCCUAUGGCAAAGCGCACCCCGAGCUCGUGUGCUGCAACCCGCACCACCUCAGCCGGCUCUGCGAGCUAGAGUCUCCCCCUCCACCCUACUCCAGAUAUCCAAUGGAUUUUCUCAAACCAACUGCAGAUUGUCCAGACUCUGUGCCUUCCUCCACUGAAACAGGGGGAACUAAUUGUCUAGCCCCUGGGGGGCUUUCAGAUUCCCAAGUUCUUCAGGAGCCGGGGGAUCGGUCACACUGGUGCGUGGUGGCAUACUGGGAAGAGAAAACGCGCGUGGGUCGGCUGUAUUCUGUCCAAGAGCCCUCCCUGGAUAUCUUCUAUGAUCUACCUCAGGGGAACGGUUUCUGCCUCGGCCAGCUCAAUUCGGACAACAAGAGCCAGCUGGUGCAGAAAGUGCGCAGCAAAAUCGGUUACGGUAUCCAGCUCACCAAGGAAGUGGACGGCGUGUGGGUCUACAACCGCAGCAGUUACCCCAUCUUCAUCAAGUCGGCCACACUGGACAACCCCGACUCCAGGACGUUGCUGGUUCACAAAGUGUUUCCAGGGUUUUCCAUCAAGGCGUUUGACUACGAGAAGGCGUACAGCUUGCAGAGGCCUAACGACCACGAGUUCAUGCAGCAGCCAUGGACCGGAUUUACUGUUCAGAUCAGCUUUGUGAAAGGCUGGGGCCAGUGCUACACGAGACAGUUUAUCAGCAGUUGCCCGUGCUGGUUGGAGGUUAUUUUUAAUAACCGAUGACUCGAGACAGAGUGGACUCAUGACAUUUAUACUACUUUGCUGCUAUUAUUUCCUUCUGAGUGCUUGCUUUUCAUGCAAACUUUUUUGUUGUUGUUUUCGUUUUGUUUUGUUUUGUUUGUUUGUUUGUUUUUCCUGUUUGAGAAAUAGCUUAUGGAAAGAUUUUUGCCUUGGUAUUUUGAUAAAUAUAUCUAUUUUUUAAAAGCGUGAAUGACCAAUAAUAACUCAGAAGGGCGAGAGAAGGCACGGGAAGGGGCGGAGGGAGGGCGGAUUGCAUACGGUGAUGAGUUCGCUGCUCUGGACCGGUCAUCUUUGGCGAUCGGUGGAUUUGGAAGUCACUUGCUCUUGGUUAACGGCAGCGCGUCUCACCAGAAGCCAAGCCGAGACCCUCUCCCAGCAGUGGCAGCCGCCGCCGCGCGCGCCUGCCGGAAGGAUGCCGGGGCGCACGCGGUGGAGCAAAACCUUGCCAAUCACUUUUUUUGCCCCCCUUCACCCUCUUUUUUUUUUUUUUUUUUUUUUUUUCUAAGCUGCCUGUCCGCCGCGGGAGCACUGGGAGACGCGACGCUCGUCCUUUCACUGCUUUUUUGUCACGGAUUGAUACGAGGGGAGGAAAAAAAAAACCACACAAAACGCUGGCAGAGAAAAA